AUGUCGGACCCCAGACUCAUUGACAUGGAACCUGGCGGGGAGAGCACGCAAAGUGAGAUCAACACCGAGCUAGGAACGGACGAGUCCGCAAGUCCCGACAGAGAAGAUGAGGCGAUAGCACAAAAGCUGUUUACCGACAAGUCCGGCACCGGAGAAGCAGGGUCAAUUGGUUUCAUGGCCCCAGAACACGCGCAAAAGGCUGAUGAUAAUAUACAAAAAGAUUUUAGAUCCGACGCUCCGGGCGAGAAAACCAGGAAACAGCAGGGGUAUGGACCUGGAUCUGGUGUUGGGGCGUAG